GAGAAAAUGGCGUAUGUGAAGUCUCGGUAUGCGAAUAACGUUACAUGAACUUUCAAUAAUAAUCAGAUAAGCUCGGGCGUGUUGCUUCUCUAGUGUAUGUACCAAGGCAUUUCAAAUACCCGGUGUCAGACUAACUGAAACUAACUUGCAAUUACGUUAACUCGAACGUUGGUAGCUUCGACGGUUAGCUGAAGUUAGCUUACUGAUGUUGGCAUGUAAAUGGCGUCCCUGUGUCCACACACAAUGAACAACCCGUUUGACUAAAUGUAUUAAUGUAGUGACAGUGGAGUUGAAUACGUUAGAUCGAGGCUGCCCUGUUUUCAUGGCUUAUCGUUGAGUCAAGGUGCUCUGGAGCCACUCGCUGUCUUUGGAGACGCUGCAAUUGACGGUAUGGCUUUACACAACUUGGUUUUUGUUAUCGAUGUUGAUUAUGGAGAUCGUGAUUCAAGCGAUCAGCUGAAUGUCAGGAGUCGUUUAGUGAAACGAGGAAUAUUACAAAUUCUUCUGCAUUUCGGUUACAAAUACGGAUUUGACAAAGUGCGCUGGGGUUAUAAGUUUUUUCAGUCUAAGACUGGCCGUAAUAGCCUCAUAUCGAGGGGAUCGGACUUCAAGGAGCUUCGGCACAAAACUUUUGAGGACUUUGAACAAGAGUUUGAAGCCAAAUUUGACGUUAAGGAUAAACCUUGCCAUUAUCAGCAGAAGCAGCAAUCCAGCAAGUCUGCUUCAGUUCAAAACUCACUCAAAGAAACCCUGCUGGACUUCCAAUGGGACAGACCAGACAUCACCUCUCCCACUAAACUGUCCCUGAGGCCCAGGAAGUCGAGCCGAGCUGGAAAGCCUAAUGUUUCACAGGAGGAUGAUAUUUCAAGCAACGGGAGGAAUGUGGUGUUUAUUGCCUCGAAGUGUCCACGGUCCAGGAAACAACUUGUGGACUAUCUCUCUCUGGAAAACCAUGACCUGCCUUCAGAUGUGACAGACCACAUCAUAUCCAGGGGUCUCCACGACAUGUUGCUGCAGCGACAGGUUGUGUUGCACUGGAUUGACAGUAGAUCCCACGACCAGAUGAUGAGGUGUGAGGACUGCCUUGGAUCUGACAAGCUGUCCGAGGUCCUGGCUCAUAUGGGUGGCAGAGUGAUCCCUUUAGUUGCACUGCUGAACCUCUGCUGCAGUCGGGAGCCAGACUCAGGCUUCAAGCCAGAGGCGUUUGCAUUCAAGUCCAGCAUUGGAUACCUGCUGUCCUCUGAAAGGCUCUACCGCCUGGCUUUUCCUGUCAUAGGGGGUAUUCUGCGGUGGGAGCAAGGUGAUGUGGCACAGAGCUGUGAUGUCAUGGUUGAGCCAGUGUCUUGCAGACAGAGGCUUCUCCCAGAGUCUGUGGAAGUGUGUCUGAAAGGAGUGCUGCAGGGCUGGGAUGCCUCAUCGCUGACACAGGCCUCCACAGAGUCGUGGGUGCUUCAGUGCUCCAGCAGCAGUGACCAGGGAGCUGCUACCUUCCAGCAUCUCCUCAUGGAACUGUCUGCUCAAGCUCUGCACAUGCUUGCUGAGGUGAAUGACAGCGGCCUGGUGUGCUCGGCUGUCCUCUCCCCCUGGUCACACUCUACAGCUCUACUCACCAUUCUUCAGCCUGGAAUCACUGGACAUGACCCGCUCCUGACCAUUGAAACUAUUGCCCCUGCAACAGCUGAUACUUCAGCUGACCUGCCAGAUGUUGUGAGCAGUGUUCUUGGAGUAGUGUAUGACAUCAUGGAGGAAGACAAUGACCAUCUCAAUGAAAAGCUAAAGGGUCAUGUGGUUCCUGAGUGGGCUCAGCAGGAAGUCAGCCAUUGCCCACUGACAACAGGUGUGUUGGAAACUUGGUUCCCUCAGUCAGACCAGUCUGGAGUGAGCUCUCAUUUAAUGGAGUCAAUGAGAUUGCUGCAUGCAGUGCCAGAGCAGAGAGAGGAGGAGUCGUCGUCUGUCCUACAGCAGGAGCUGAUCAAUGGUCUGGCUGAACUGUACCAGACGUCUCAGGGAACAAACAACAAGAGGGGCAAAAAACGUGGUGCCCAGCGCACACCAGUGAAACAGAAGAUGAAGACCAUGAGCCGCUCCCUGCAGAUGCUGAAUGUGGCACGGCUGAACGUGAAAGCCCAGAAGAACCAGGCGGAGGCCGAGCAGCUGGGGGCAGAUGGCAGGGGGCCAGACCGACCGGGGAAGAGACGGUCAAGUGACAGGAACAAAUCUGGGGGAGCAAACACUAUCAGUUUCAUCAGUGAGGCAGAGCUCCUGUCCCACCUGAAGUCCAGUUACGAGAAGACUCUGGCAGAGAGAGACUUGUCUGUCAUCACUGCUGUCCAGCAGCUCCUGUUUGCUGUGAAAACUUUCUUUGUGGCAGAAUCACAUCCAGAGGUGAAGUCCUCCCUGUUUGUCCAGCAGCAUCUCCUUAAGACCAGCAAAUCAAUCCGACAGCUCUAUGGCAUGGGUGCUGAUGUUGAUAGCAAAGUCAGAGAGUGCCAGCUUCAGGCGGUGUUGAGGCUGGAGUUGUGCAGACUUUCUUCCUCAAAGCAGUCUGACUCACUGGAUGCUGAUCAGAUGGCAGAGGAGGUGGCUGAAAUGCUCAGGAUAAUCUCCCUAACAAAAGACCCAGUUUGCUUGGCUAGGUUCCUUCAAGACGAGGUUCUCCCAGGGUUCCUGACCGCUGUACCCAGGGUGCUUGCAGACAUCUACAACAGUCUGGGCACCCAGCUCCCUGAGGCUUUGGUGGCUGUUCUGCCUGCUGACUUCUUCAGCGAUGAGUCAUUUGCCAAGGACAGCGUUUCUCCUUCCGCCUCCUCCCCUCCACUCUCCACACACAGUCUGGUUUUGGAUGGCAAAGAUCGCCUGCAGGACCUGCGAAAUCGCUCAGCCAGCAAGAGGAGGAGUGGGAUGCUGACUCGUCAUCGCAGUAUGACAGAAUCAUCUCAGAGUCUUCGCCAAAUAGAGAUUCCCAAAAAGACUACAAGAGCUUCCAAGUCAAAGGCGUGUGUUGCUUUGGAGAAACCGGUCACAGAACCACAACCUCAGAAACAAGAAACACAAGAGGUGACCAAGGUGAGAAGAAACCUGUUCAACCAGGAGAUUGUUUCACCCUCAAAGAAAGCCAAGCUGCCGAGGAGCCAGUCUGUGUCCGCUGUGGAAGGACUGAAACGCAAGAGAUCUCAUGAAUCUGAAGAGAGACACAAACUUCUAACAAAGAAAGUGUGUGAAACGCCCCUCCACAAGCAAGUGUCCAGCCGCCUCCUAUACCGGCAGAAAAUGGGAAGGAGAUCUGUCCCAACUGAGGAGUGUAUUGUGGAAGAGUCACCAGUAAAACCUGCAGAAGACCUAAGAAGGAGCCCCAGGAUUAAGAAGUUUGCCAGAGGACACUCAAACACCUUCUACUCAAAUUCUCAACCUCGCUCCCGCAACCUGGACAGGGCUCUAUCUGCCUCCCAGCUUACUCCCAGUGAUGGUAAAAUUAGUGGAGUUAACGUAAAAACAGUUCGGUCCCCCAUGCGUCUUCUUUUCGGGGCUGCUGAUUCCCCCGGUCAUUCAUCUGACCAGUCUGGUGCAACCAGAGCCACCAGAUCACGGCUGUCCACAGACUCCAGUGUCUUUGAGAGCCCAAAUAAAACACCAACAAAGUCAUCCAGUAAACGUGGGAGGGCCAUUCUUGGAAACACAACUCCCAAGACACCGAGGACCCCUCGAACCCAAGGAACCCCCAAAACUCCACCUUCAUCCAGGAUGCGUGUUUUCUCUGUUGCAGAGAGCCCUGCAGGUGGUAGUUCUCAUGAGCUUGGUAUGGCUCUGAGGGGCAGUCCUUUCAGAUCGCCAGCCAGAAGGACUCUUGUUGUAGAGACACCUACUAAGGAAAGCCCAGUGAGGAGCCCGCUGAAGGGUAUUCUCAGGACUCCAGUCAAGGCCUUGGUUGAAUGCAGUUCAUCUUCUGGAUUACAUCUGCUCAGUAGCCCAAUUUCCAAGACUCCCAAAAAGAGCGUCACAUGGUCUCCAUCUCCACGCAAAUUUAGAGUGGUGGAGAACAGCGCCACUUUCAAGGUGCCAGAGUCGCCUUGUGUUGCAUCCCACAGUUCUCCAAGACUGGGGAAAACGCCUAACAAGUUCAGCAGUCCUGUCAAAAGCACAAACACUAAAAGAGACAUUUUCAAGACCCCAGAAAAGACUUGUCAAUUAAGCCUAGUAAGAGUUGCUGAAAAUGCAAGUAGUGUUAUUUUGACACAGGAAAGAAAUCAAAGGUCCUCUGAAAAACUCAACAGGAUGAAAACACCUGAAAAAACAGACACUGUUGGUAUAAUGGAAAUGCCUCCUCCAGAAUCCACACCACCUCUAGACCACCACCUCUCCCCUAAACCCAACACUAGAACUCAAACCAAGACCCCUAGUCCUACUCACAAAAUGAUUACUCGCUCUGGGCGAACUCCUAGCAAAAGUUCAAAUAUUGCAUCCCCACGUAGGCCAGCCUUUACACCAGUAGGAGGUAGUACUGUUUCAGAAGGAUCAAAUACUUCAGCAAAGUCUCCAGCAAAGUCCCUAACAAGAGCAAGGUCUGGUCAAGGGGCAAGAACCACCAGACAUAACCUAAGAUCCCAGGCUAGUGAUAAUGUUCCCUCCAAACAAAGCACAAAGUCUGCUGAGAACUACUGUGACCUUGUGGAAAAGAACAUGCAGUCGGGUACAACAGAAGUACAGGCUGAACCUUCCCAGUCCUCUGAAACUGACUCUAGUUCCCAUACAGAUCCACAGCAGUUUGACUCUUCACAUUGUAACUCUGCCACCACAGAUGAUGAUAGCAUGGACAUUGUAGCUGCAGAAGUUGUAAAGACCCAGUUUAGUGGCGGUCUCAAGAUGAACAUUAGCUUUUCACGAAAGCCUUCAAAGUCUGAUGAAGACUUUCUGUUGAACACAGUCUCUCCUAAACCAUGUCUGCCGCACCAAGGUACACCCGGGCGUAGCUAUGGCUUCAGGCAGACCCCUGACCGCCAACAGAGGGAGGCUGCUGCUCGUUUGGGCUACGGAAAUGAUUCCCCUCGAUUUUCAACUCCUAGAGGCCCCACAAGAACAAGUCGACAAAAAGGCACAAGUACUCCAAAUUCUCUGACUUACCAAGUAGAGAUGGAAAUGCAAACAUCGGGACUUCCUAAGCUCAAAUUCAAACGCACAGAUUCCAUGAAUGCAGGCGAUUUGGCCUCAGAAGGAGGUCCUCGAUCAGGUGCUCAGAGCUCUUUAGUUGGUGUGAAACCAUCUCAGCUGGAAAGCCCCUUGGCUUUGUUCUCUAAACAUAGAGAUCCUGGAUGUGUCUCGCCAUCUAUUUGUGCUCAUGUAACCCCAGCCAAGAGCACACCUGGGAAAGGUGGAAGUGUCCAAACGUACAUCUGCCAGUCCUAUACUCCUACUCGCCAUCCUGGGGGAACAAUGUCUCCAAAGCUAAAUCCAGAGAUCAUUCCCCUGACUCCUUCACCUCAGAGUGCAGGGAAGGUGGCUCCAGACAACCUCAACAGCUGGCCCCGCAGGAAGAGAGUUCAGGUUGGAGUGGUUGGAGGCAAAGAUCGUGGCCUGAAGGGGGAGCCACUGCUCGAGGAGUUGCUGGAGGAAGCUGAGCUUGGGGUUAGCAGAUUACAGGACAUUGACGACAUUGAUGAGCCCUCAAACAACAAAGCUGUAAUAUUGUCCUUGACCUCCAAACAGUCCCCUGCAGAUGCAUCUCCGCUCUCUCCUCUGGAAGACUUGUACUGGAUGGAGAAGCUGGCUCAGCAGGCUGACUGCGCUGAACCUCAGACAGCUGAUGAAGAAAUCAUCUGGCCUUCUGCAAAUGGAGAUGUUAAGUCAGUAGCGACUCCUCCCAGCUCAAAGGUGACAAAGCCAGUGACAGCGAGCGGGAUUUUGGCCCUCACUCACUCUCCAUUGUUGUUCAAGGGCAAAACGGGCUCUGCUAGUAAGAGAACUCCAAAUUUUAAAGAUGAGGUUGCAUCAGGGAGGAGAGAAGUCGAUGGAGCAGACGUCUCACCCUUCAGCCAGCCGAUGAGACGCUCAAACACAGGGAAGACCUUCAGCAGGAAGAGACUGCUUCCCUGAUCCACGAAACCAUUGGGCAAGCAAAGAUUGUCCAUUCUGUGUUUUAUUCUAAAGCUGUGAGCCCUUCUUACCCAUAUUUGUCAGGGGUGCCUUUGAUGGCAGAUCUGAAAGAUGUCUUUGGAGCACCACUUGAAAGGCUUUGUGGAUGAAUGAAUGUCCCUUUCAGUCUCUUCCUCCAACACUUUUGACCCUGACAUUUUCUGUUCUAAGCGGUGGCUUUUCUUUUAAUCAGGACUUUAUAAGAUUAGAAGUAGGUUGAAAAGCUGUGCCGUUCUUCCAAGCAGUUAAAAUUGGACUUAAUGUUCCUAUUUAUGAUUUUAUCAUUCCAAGUAUGCCAUGUUUCCUGCAUGGGUCUUAUGUAGCUAAAGCCUUGGAAAAUGGUGAUUAUAUGUCAUCAUUGUUUUUCAAAAAUUUUAUCGACCAUUUUACAAUCAAGUCAGAUCUUAAAUUUGUUGAAAGAAAUAUUAAUGUGUAUUUAUUAGUAUGUUUGUUCUUGUGAUAAAAUUUCUUUUAAGUAAAAGGGAAGCUCUCAUGUUGUAAAUAUGUUAUAUGUUGCCAAAGUUUUAUGUAAUUAAAUAUCCAUUUUCUUAAUGAA